AUGGACCGCCCGGAGCCUGGACUGAUCAAGUGGUCGCAGAUUUCUGGCUACGACAGCUUCAUCCACAUCAACCUCCAGCAUCGCAUCGUGCAGCUGUAUGAGCCCAGCGGGCUCGCACAAAGAAGCCGGUUCGACUAUUCGAGGCUCUCGAAACAUGAUGACUUUCCCACACUCACCACGUACGACUGGUCGCCGACGGUUCCUGGCCUGCUGGCCGUUGGCACCCAGACCGGCGUCGUCAACCUGCUGAGGAUGGACGACAAUUCCAACGCCUAUAUCGAGCUUAACCUUAAGAUGACGAGAACGUGUCAGGCGGUGGCAUUCAGCACCGACGGCCUCCUCGCGGUCGGCUUGGACCGAGUGCGGAUGGACCAGUGCCUCCACAUAUGGGACGUCAACCGGCUGUCGACCAUGAACAAGACUGCCAAAGGUUUCCCGAAAGACCUGCACGCCUUCGCAGACCCUGCCUACCGGUUGGAGCCUAGUGUGUCAGUGUCGAGCGUCAAGUUCUUUGAGGACAACCCAAAGACCCUGGUGGCUGGGAUCAAGGCCCAAGGCCUGCGCAUCCAUGAUUUACGAGAACCCAACAGUGUUGUCUGCACGUUCCAGACAAAAUGCAACAACAACCUGGCCAUCGAUUACGCUGACCAGAACUACUUCGCGUCUUCCGCGCUGGACCAACCUGGCAUUAUGAUCUGGGACAGACGCGCGACAUCUCGGCCAGUCGCUUCGCCGUCCUACCUGGGCGCGAUUGAAGAAGAUGACCUCCCGUGGGGCGGUGCCCUGAGGCUCGACCGAGUGGUCGAGAUGGACGAUGACCCAUCUCUGAGCGAAAGCAAGCACUCCAUCGUCCGCUCCCUGCGCUACUGCCGGGAUCGUCGGGGGCUUCUGGCCGUGCUGUCUCGGUCAGGUCAGCUGAAGGUUUUGGAGACGAACAAGGAGAUCACGCCUCGCGAUAUGUCUCUGGAGGGCAGCCCGGAGCUUCUGGAAGUGCACAAAUCCCACGACAUGGAUGUCCAAUACCGUGACAGCGGCCGGAAGAACGAUCGGAUUGUGUCUUUUGACUGGGUGACACUGGACUCGCCUGUGCUGCAACCUCGCCUUUUGGUCCUACGCGCCAACGGCAUCUUUGAGAUUCUCGAGCAACCGUCGUAUACCUCCGAUUACUUGUACAAGCUUACGCCAUGGCAGCCGCCCCAUCGAGGGCUAGAAGAGGGGGCUGCGUACCACAGCAUCAUGGAGUUUGAGCCAUCACAGGCCUCCGACAUGCUCGGUCCGUUGUUUGUCGAGGAAGCGCUUUCGGACAUUCCCAUAUUUGGCCCCAACAAAGCCGACGUUCAGUCCAUUGUGGACACGACAUUGCAGUCCAAGUUUUCGGCCGCCGAACUCAGCAGCAGGCUGGUUGGGAACACGGGCAAGGCCACUCCGGCACUCGACAGAUCCAAGCCAACGGCAGAGAGAAUGCGGGCUCUGAGGUCGGAGCUUAAGGAAAGGGCCAAGGACUCGGAGGGUAACGGAACCGAGAGCUCAAUCAUCAUGGAGGAGUCGAUCAGCUCACUUGCCCAGUUGUCCAUCUCUCGGGAAGGGCCGGUGUCUUGUCGUCACAUGCAUGAAUCGCUGCUUUCUCUACCACUGAAAGCGACGGACUUGUCGACUGAGGCCCAGUGCCUUCUCGACCACGUUAUGCUUCUCCGCGCCAAAGAGAAGUACCUUCUUGACUGCAAUGUCAACCGCACGGUGGUAUCGGAUGAUCCGUGGUUGCGCUAUGUGUGGGACUGGGUUGCUGAUGCGGAAGAUGCGGCGUUAGACGGAGGCAUGAAGCUGUCGCCACUCGAUCUCAGCUACAUGGGGGUCUGCACAAUUUGGACCGAUGACCUGGGUCGGAAGCCCUCUACAAGACUUCCGGAGGCGUCACCCAUCCCAGAAACAACCCUGUGGGAGAAGUGCAUCGGGAGUAUCUGCAAAAAGCGGGGAUUGCCAAAGUACGAAGGCAUACAGACCAGAAAACCAUUUCACAGGCAACUGUGCCUAGACAUUUGCGGUUGGGGAGACACUGCGGCACACGAAGCCAGGGGGGCAGCGGCGCAUGAUCCCAGUCAAGAUUACCCAACGACGGCGCACACAAUGGCGGCAGCCCGAGCUGUCUUUAAGGGCGACACGAAAGAGGCAAUCCAGAUCCUCAAGACGGCGAGCGUCACCCACCCGGAGCUGCUGUUCGUCUCACUGGCGUUGCAACUCAUCGGAAGGAGCGACAACCACCUUAGCAAGGAGCAGCUCGAUUUCGACGAAGCGGUGGCGUCGAAAACGGACCCGUAUCUCAGGGCGAUGUCGUCGUUGAUCGCCACGGGCGACUGGUCCGCCAUCGCCAACCAAGAUUCGUUGCCCCUGUCGGAUCGGGUUUACGUUGCAGUUCGAAAUUUUGACGACGAGCAGCUCACCAAGUGGCUCCACAAGCAGGUCGCCAUGGCAGUAGAGACUGGAGACAUUGAGGGCAUCGUUCUCACGGGAAUCACGGACAGGCUGGUGGACAUCUUUGCUAGAUACGUCGAGAAGUUCAAUGACUUCCAGACGGCGGCGCUAGUCACAUCGAUAUGCGCGCCACGUUACAUUGACGAUUACCGGUGCCUGGCGUGGAGGAACGCGUACAGGUCGUAUCUGCAACGGCACAAGGCAUUCCUCCAAAGAACCAAGUUCGAGGUGGAGAGCACGAAGAAGAGCAAGCGCGAGGAGCGCGGGCGGCCCACGAUCAAGCCGCCGUCUCGCCAAAUCGCGCUGCGGUGCGUGUAUUGUGACGCUGAGACGACGCUCGCUGGGCAAGGCGGGGCCGGGUCAGGGCCGCCGCCUGGGGGGCCGGAUUCGAGAAAUCCCCUGAUGGCGACGAGCAUCAACGCGGGAAUCAGCUGCCCGAACUGCGGCCGCCACCUGCCGCGGUGUGUGGUUUGCCUGGAGGUGGUGGGGGUUCCGAGGUCUGACCGGCCUGAGGUCAACGGCGAGCCGGAGGUGUGGAUGGCGGCCAACUUCCCAACGUUUUGUCUGAAGUGCGAACAUGUACUGCAUCUCGACCAUGCGAGGCAGUGGUUCACGAGGCACGUCGAGUGCCCGGUCCCCGAGUGCCGGUGUCGAUGCAAUUUCAGGGCGAACCCGGAACUUAACUAUCACUAA